AUGAGAGAAGCCGCAGACCAAGCAGGAGAGGAGCGAGAGGUGGACGAGGCCAAAGGGGUGGACGAGGAGGACAGCCAGCAGGUCCUCCUACUGGCGGCAGAGGCCAAAGAGGUGCUGGACGUGGUCGCAGAGGAAGGAGAGGGAGCCGAGGGAGAGACGCAGAAGAGGAAAGGAUUCAAGUACUCCGAAAUGAGCGAAGAGUGCAAACAGAGCAUGGAGCACUGGGUCAAGGUAACCGACGAGUUAUUCCCAGCUGCUGUGUUUGGCGCAUAA